CCUUUUUUUUUGUUUUUUGGUGUGCUCAGUACAACAACAACAAUAUACAUACAUAGAUAGAUUGCAAUAAAGUGGGUAAAAGCAAAAAGUUAAGCAGUUAACAGAACAAUGAGCACAACAAGCGAAUUAACACGAUUGCGGGAAUUCCUCAAUGAACUAAUACCCAGCGAAGAUCAGUUGGUGCGUUUGUAUCAAAACUUUUGUGCACAGAUACGCAAGGGCUUGGGCUCCAAGACCAAUAAGGAUGCGUCUACAAAAUGCUAUCUCACAUACGUACAAGACUUUCCCACCGGCAACGAGACUGGCAAAUAUUUAGCCUUAGAUUUGGGUGGAUCCAAAUUUCGUGUACUUCUCAUACAUCUGAAAGGAGAUAGCGAAGCAGAGCAAAUCACAAAAAUUUACGAUUUGACCGAAAGGGAAUUACAUAGUACCGGUGUAGAGCUCUUCGAUUACAUCGCCAAGUGCCUACAUGAAUUUGUGUGUGAACAAAAAGUGGACAACGAACAUAUGCCGCUGGGUUUUACAUUCUCAUUUCCAUGCGUGCAGACCGGUUUGAGUCGAGCCACGCUUGUGCGUUGGACCAAAGGUUUCAAUUGUUCGGAUACUGUAGGUGAGGACAUAGGCCUUAUGCUUAAAGCUGCAAUCGCACGACGCCCCGGCCUCAGAAUUGAUAUGGUAGCCAUUUUGAAUGACACCACCGGUACGCAAAUGUCAUGCGCCCAUCGUAAUCCGUCAUGUAAUAUAGGACUCAUUGUUGGCACUGGUUGUAAUGCCUGCUACACGGAAAAAGUGGAGAACUGUGAACGAUUGGACUCUAAAUACAAGGACAAGCCGAAGAUCAUAAUAAAUGUAGAGUGGGGCGCUUUCGGUGAAAAGGGCGGUGUUGAUCACUUAUUCACCGAUUACGAUAGAACUGUAGAUCAAAACUCAAUAAAUCGCGGCGCACAAAUUUUCGAAAAAAUGGUCUCAGGCAUGUACAUGGGUGAGCUGGUACGUUUGAUUUUGCUGCGUGCUGUGAAUGAGAAUUUGGUGUUUGCCCAAUGUAAACUACGCAAACACAUCACCGACAUUCUGACGAAGAAGCCACAUUGCAUUGAAACGAAAGUCCUGUCGGAUAUCGCCAAUGACAGAGGCGAUGAUUGGCCUUUGGUGAAGGAUGUUUUCAAACAAGUUUUUAAUUUGAAUAACGCCGAUCCCGAUGACUGUAUGAAAUUUAAAUUCAUCUGUGAUGUUGUGGUUAAACGUUCCGGGAACAUGAUCGGUGUUACACUGAGCGGUUUGGUGAACAAAGUUGGCGAGAGUUUCUCAGUUAUUGGCGUGGAUGGCACUGUCUACCGCUGUCAUCCGAACUUUGAUGGCUACAUGCGCGAAACAUUGGAUCGGUUUGUUGACAAGGAUUAUAAAUAUGAUAUGAUGCUCUCGGAGGACGGUUCUGGUCGAGGUGCGGCAUUAGUGGCUGCUGUCGUUCAUAGAGAUUAUAUGGAGAGAAAGUCAUUAAAUGCUAAAUUGAGACAAUAAUCAAUGGCAGGAAAUUCAAAUGAAAAAGGAUUCUGAGUAACCCAGUGAAAAGUUAAAAGACCUGAGCACACCAAAUGCAGGUUGACAAAUAAAAUAAGGAAAUUUAAUGAUA